GGAGCUCUUUGGUGGCGUUGUGCAGUGCAAUAAUACAUUAUCCAACCAUGUCCCGACUUACGAUUUUCUUUGUUAUCGCUGUCGCGUACGAAGUCAUUGCCGAUGGUAAAGCAACAGAUUCUCGUGCUGAGCAGUCUGGCUUCAUCUCUCCAGUGAUCGCGGCUGGCAACCUCGGACUUGCGGGCGCCGCCAUAGCUGGCGGCCCAGGUAUAAUCGGUGGCCCCGCUGUUGUAGCAGCUGGACCUGCUAUUGUCGGAGCUGGACCGGCAGUUGUCGCAUCUGGACCUGCAGUAGUUGCAGGAGGCCCCGUGAUCGGAUCUGGUGCUGCAUUAAACAACGCGGCAGCCGUUGGUGCAGCUCAACUAAGUGCCAUCCAGAACGCACAAGCUGUCCAGGCUGCACAGAUCGCCAACUCCGCCGCUGCCGCUAUCCAAGAAGCACGUGCUACUGAAGCAGCUGCUCGUGCUGGUCAAGCACAAGCCAUGAACAACGCUGCCGCUCUGAAUGCUGCCCGUGUCGCUAACAUUCAGCGUGCUCAGGCUGCGGCUUGGGAGAACGCCAGGGCCACAGAGGCGGCCAGACGGGCAGGAGCUGGAGCUGCACUGGAGGCUGCACGAGCUGCCGAGGCCGCGCGAGUGGCCGACGCCGCGCGUUUACAAGCCAUCGCUAUCGCUAACACACGCAACGUGGAGGCCGCUCGCAUCGCCAACGCUGCCCGUGCUCAGGCCGCCGCGGUUGCUAACAGCGCCGCUCAGGCGCAGGCUGUAGCUGACACAGUCGCCAGAACUGCUCAUGAUGGUGCCUUGUUGCUGGGCGGUGGUGGCGCGCUCGUCGGAGGUGGUGCAGUACUUGCCGGACCCGCUGUCGCAGUCGGUGGACUCGGUGGUUACGGACUCGGAGGUGCAGGGAAGCUCAUUCACCACUAAAUAGUCAAUAAUUAACAUGUACCAUUGCAACAAACAGAUAAUAUCUACAUCCAUUUCGUAUUCCUGUAUAGAAAUGGUUAGCAGCAGAUCUUAUGAGAUUUAUGACUGAUCGACAUGUACCUGAGUAAAACAUGACUAGU